UGCGAUGUGCAUUGCUCCAUUUAAAUCAAUAGGUUUAAUUAUUUUUGUUUGCUCGCUCGCUUCAUUCGCGUCCGGUGUGCAUAGCCCUUUAAUUAAAACAAAAAAUUUAAACAAAAUGGCUACAAAACUUGGCUACAAAAAUCAAAGAAAACAUUUUAAAGUAUGAGUAAGCACUGAAUGUAUCCUAUAUUGAUGCGUGCUUCUAAUAAAUUAAAUUGGAAAUAUGUUUGUUCAUACAUAAUUAUAUUUAAAUUACCUGAAGUGUAAGUACCAGAUCUAUAGUGCUGUACUUGGAAAAACCUGCAUAUCCCCAAUUGAGUACAACACAACAUGCUACAAGAACAACACAAUAAGAGGAUUCGUUUUAUAAAACUUUUGGAGAUGAAUAUGAAGAUGGAUUUAAAGUCUUGGUUCCUAUAACCACUAAAACUAUAUAUAAUCGCUAUGCUGGGGCAUUGACAGGUGUAGUUUUGUUUCUAGGCAGAGUUUUACCCCUGUUUACAGUUAGUUUCCCAAAAAAUACCAGGUUAUUUACAUUGGUCUCCACCCACAUAACCACAAGAUGACUCUGAGUGCAAGAACAAGUCUAACAGUAGACAGUAUUCAUCCACACUGAAAUCAGAGAGCAUGCUGCCAAAACUGUUUGUCAUCUGCACCUUCAUUGGUUAUUUGAAUGCCUUUCAGGUCACACAGCCCCAUCUUGUUGCUGCCAACAGCAGUGGAAUUGCCAUACUGACAUGUGACUACAAAUACAGCAAACAGAUCGUAGAAUUAAAGAUUUACCUGCUUCGGGCAAGACACAAUGAUACAAUAAGUUGCGAGACUUCAGUCAACGAGAGCAAGAAAGGGAGCCUCUGCCUGAUGGAAUGUUAUGAGAACAGUGUGACCCUCACCAUCUCACGGCUCAAUGUCUCGGAUGCAGAUCUGUAUGUUUGCAGAGUGGAAAUAAGAUCUCCUCCUCCCUUUGUUUAUGCUGAGGGGACAGGGACCAUAGUAUAUGUAGCUGAGACGUCACAGAUUCCACUUCCUCAAUGUACCGACUUUAAUUGGCCUGUGGUCUGGAUUAAUGCAGGAGUCAGUGGGCUUCUCUUGCUGUACAGCAUAGUCAUAACUCUUACCUGCUUAUGCUUGAAGAAAAGAAACACGGUUGAACCUGAAAGCAACAGUGAAUACAUGGAUAUGAGGAAAGUGAUGUCAGAAAAUACAAACAGGAAUAGAAAAAGGGACAGGAACCACAAUUCUGAACAAUUUCAUUUUUAAUUGUGUUAUUCCUCACAUACAUACUGUUUGGUAUAAAUUAAAACAUGAAAUGAGAAGCUUCAUAAUAGUGGAGCAAAUGCAUUGUAGUAAAACAAGAAGAGCCUGUUUUUGCAUAAAGUUGUGAAUACUGUAAAAAAGAUUAUGUUUCUCCCACUUCUAGAGCUUGAAGCCAAGGACUCGCUUCAAGCUAUAUUUCUGUUAGUACCAAGACAAUGUUCUGUACUGUCUGGAAUGAGAGGCACUGUUACUUUGCUAUUCAGCACGUUUACCUUACAUGGCUCAUGCACUGUAUGUUCAAACCACAAUAUUAGGAGGCUGAGCAAAAUAAAGUCAAGGUUUUAGCUGCCAACAAUUAUGAUGGGCAGAAUAUACCCAGCAGAUGUUGUUAAACAAACACACCAUCCCCAUUUCUUCUGUCAGACAGACUGACAUGGACAAAAAUGAAAUGUGUUGGCUAAAACUGACAACAUUCUGCCAGUUUCAUUCAGAAAUUUUGCUACUGGGGAGAACUUUAUUUUAGAGAAAGACUGAAGCUCCUAAAGCCUUCCCUUUAAAAAUGUUUUGCUCACUUUAAGCUAUUUUAUAUCUUGUGGUAGAUCAUUACUUAUUGUAUUUUAUUAGUUAUUGUAUUUGUGUCUAUAUUUGCUGAAAUGGUUAUAUCAUGGCUAGAUAAUAAAAAAAAUGUCUUCAUAGCUGUUAAACUGUACUUUAUCUAUAACUGGUGAAAAACAACAAGGCUUAGUGGUUUGUACCGUCUUCCUUUUUUCAUCUAAAUUGUACCGCAACAGACUUCCUUCAGACUUAUUUG